UUAGCAAAGGUUUCAGGUUUGCGCGGUGGCGGGUGCAUCCCCAAGCAUGCAUAUAUAAAAAUAUAUAUGCGUGCUUGGGGAUUGAUCUAGAUGGGCAGUGGCGAGCGGUGUUAACCAUUUGCUUCCUCUCCUCCCUCCUGCUUCUUCUCUAUGCAUGCGUGUCGGCGUACUGCAGGUCUGAGGCGCACCGGCAAGAGCUGCCGUCUCCGGUGGGUCAACUACCUCCACCCGGGUCUCCGGCGCGGCCGCAUCACCCCCGACGAGGAGCGCCUCAUCCUCGAGCUCCACACGCAGUACGGCAGCAAGUGGUCGCGCAUCGCCAGGAGCCUCCCGGGCCGCACCGACAACGAGAUCAAGAACUACUGGAGGACGCGCACCAGGAAGCAGAAGGCGGCGAGCCAGGCGAAGGCGGCGGCGUCGGCGUCGGCGUCGGCGUCCUCGUCGUCGACCGUGACCACUACCGCGUCGUGCUAUGGCUCUCCAAGCAGCGGCAGCGGCCGCCUCACGGCCGCGUCGUCGUCGGCGGUGAACGAGUCGGCGCUACGAGAAAGCGGCGGCGGCGACGACGAGGAUGACGCCGAGCUCGAUGAGGCGUCCACCACCGCGGCAAGCCAGCAUCGUCACCAGCAGCAGCAGCAGCAGGAGUCUUCCUACACCAUGGACCAGUUCUGGAACGAGAUCGCGGCGGCCGACGCGGCGGCGAGCUACAUGAUGGUCGACGGCUGGGGAGGCGCGGGCCACCCCGCCGCCGCCGAGCCGCCGGUGCCGUCGUCGCCGGUGUGGGAGUACUGCUCGGAUUAUUCGCUCUGGAGGAUCGACGACGAGGAGUACUACAAGAAGAUGCUCGACGCUUCUUGAUCGAGCCAUGCAUAUAUAUCAGAUCAUAAUCCACCAUGCAUGUAGCUUAGCCUUAUAUAUUGAUUAGUUAGCUUUACUUUCUGUCUUGCUACGAUUUCAAAGCUAGGUUCGUCUUUCGUCGCAUCUGUUCGUACGUCCUUUUACAUACUAGUACAUAUAUAUAUUUGCGUAUGUAUACUGUAUAAUUACAUGUACCUUGCUUGACGCGUGCAUGCCAUGUACGUCAUCCAGAAGACAUAGAGUUCGCCAUCUUAUGCUGAACCAGGUAUUCAGAUCAGAUCAGAAAACAUCUGUAGGGAUCUUUCUGUGUUCAUGCAUGUAAGAUUUAUGAUGGGAUUAUACUGAGUAUAUGAGAGCAGUUACAUUAUUUAGUAA